AUGCACCAGAAGGGCACCCGGAGGCCCGCGCGGGCGCCCUCCGCCCGGGCGAUGACGGACUCGGCGUCUUCCUCCUCCUUGGGGGGAACGCUGCGCGCCGCCCGGCGGGGCCCAACGGCAGCAGCAGCGCGGCCGCGGCACACACCGCCGCGCGCCGCGGCCGCGGCCCAGCGGGCCCCGGCCCACCGGCCGCCGCAUGCGCGCCGCGGCGCUUCCGCCAUGAAGGUGCAGCCGGAAAAUGUGGCCGCCGAUGUCGUCGCCGCCGCCGCCGUCGACAACAUCACCACCAUCGAUCGGAUCGAAUUGGACCCUGAUCCAAUGGGAGAGGGCU